CUGCACCCUCGCAACGGAGCCAACGCAGGCCAAGUAUGAUAUGAGAAGCUCCCGUCGUUAGCGCCCCUACCCUUCUCUUAGUGGUGAGCACCUCUCCAACAUCAUGGACAGCUCAUCUGCUACCGCCGCCGCCUUUGAGGUGAACAACGCCGUCAAGCUCGUCGACCCCACCCGAGACGCUCUCUACAAAUACGAUGCUGUCGAACAGAAGAAGAUUGGAGCCGCACGUCCUUGGAGGACAGAUCCACAGCACUUCAAAUAUGUGCGCGUGUCGGCCGUGGCGCUGGUCAAGAUGGUCAUGCACGCGCGGUCGGGCGGGGACAUUGAGGUGAUGGGCCUCAUGUUGGGCCACGUCGAGCAUGAGACCUUCAUCGUCACAGACGCAGUGCGCUUACCAGUGGAAGGUACAGAGACACGGGUGAACGCGGGAGAUGAGGCAAAUGAAUACAUUGUCAAUUUCCUUGAAAAAUCGCGCGAGGCUGGACAGAAAGAAAACUCAGUUGGCUGGUACCACAGCCAUCCUGGCUACGGCUGCUGGCUGUCAGGAAUCGAUGUGUCGACGCAAUUCACCUACCAGAGCUACAGCGAUCCCUUUUUAGCCAUUGUGAUCGAUCCGCACCGGACCAUCAGCUCCGGCAAGGUGGAGAUUGGCGCGUUCAGGACAUAUCCAGAGGGAUACAAGCCAGAAGGUCAGGAGUCAUCCGCUGAAGGCAUGGCCGCAGUGCCAAUGGCGAAGGCACAAGACUUUGGCGCGCACGCAAACAGAUACUACCCGCUGGAAGUGUCACACUUCAAGUCGACCUUGGACAAUAAGCUCCUUGAGGCGCUCUGGAACAAGUACUGGGUGCAAACGCUGUCAUCAACUCCACUCGAUACGAACCACGACUACGUGACCAACCAGAUCGCCGACCUGGCAGGAAAGACGAGGCUGGUUCAGGAAAGCGCGAGAAAUCGGAAUAAUGUUCCAAUGGGACCGUCCAGAAAGGGCAAGACAGAUGAACAAAUGGCUAAGCUCGUCAAGGCGGCCGAGAAGAUUGCCAGUGAAGAGAAGAUGGGGUUGAUGGCUUCGGUCGUGAAGGAGGGAGUCUUUGCCGAUAGUGCGGCACAAGUCGCUGAAGCCGCGACAGCUGUAGAGAAUGGCGCAGACGUCGCAGAUACCAAGAUGGAGGAGUAGAAGACACCGCCGCCAGGUGACGAUGAUAAGAUCGUACAGAUGGUAUCCUGAUCAACAGACAGCUAGGUAGAACGUCCAGAUGGGCGAGGAGCAGAGUGUGUUCCACAACAGCGUAUAGAUCACACACUAUCGAGAAAGAU